GAGGUUGGAAGAGGCCUUGACUGGGACGAGGCUCACCUCAUGUCGGACUCGAGCUCAAAUGGCGGCAGGGCGUUUCCCCUGACCAGGCCGCCCAAAAGACGUGCACCUCGACUGCAGAACCUGAAAAAGUGGGAUGGAGCUGCUCGAACGAGUUAUUCUUGGGAUCCUGCGGCAAAGGACAAAGCACUUUGGGUACCAACUGGCAAUUGCCGCGUUUACCUUUACGGUUAUGGCGAGUCUCGGCGAGAACCGUCUUUCAAACUUCCUUUUUACGAGCUGCAGGAACAGCGUUGCUUGCCAUUGAUUGAGCGGUAUCUGGUCAUUUUGGAGUCGGCGACAUGCGCAACAUCAACUACAGCUGCUGCAAGGAGGUCACACAAAUCUUUCAACCGCGCAGCAUGGGACGACGAAAUGAUCGACCUCUAUAUUCCAGCGCCUUCCAGAGUGCAGGCUGACGUCUUUUACCUCGCCGUGCGGAAUUUCUUUGCAUUUCUUCUCCGGAAAUCCCUGGUUGCCAUGCAUCUGGGAAGCGCCAUCAUUCAGCUUUUGCACAGUAUGAACGAGUACCGCGAGCCGGGAGUGGACAACAUUGGGGAUCUAAUGAACUUUCUUGAGGAGGAGGGCUAUUUGGUUCUGGCCGGCCAGUCUUCGCAUGCCUUGGCCAUGCUGCAUUUUGGCGAGUCUUUGCGGAUUCGACACAUUUAUACCGAUGCUUUCGCUCACUGUGUUGGCAUGGCGGAUCAACUUCACAAAAGUUCAGAAUACACUCACAUCAGCCCUGCAGCACGUCGAGCCGUUCGAAGAACCCGGACCGCCAUGGACAGCAAGCUAUCCCGAUCCAGCCGAAUGCUUCAAAAUUUCCUUGAUGAAGAUCUCUCAGAGCAGCGACUGGGCUUGACAAUCGGCGCCCGUGCACAUUUGGACCGGUUCCGCGCCUUCGUGGUAUCGUUUUACGCCACCAAGUUCGGUCAGUGGCCGCCGCGCGGAGCCAACAGCUCCAAGAGCAUCUUUAGCGCCGAGAUCCAUUCCAGGAUGGCGGAAGAUUUUGGUCGCCUUUACGAAUACCUCGUGGACGAAAGGUUCACCAUUAGUGACAGUAGCCCGGCGCUUGCACAGGGUGGAAUUUGUGUGCUACAGAGUGUCGAGGCUUUUGAUCGCGAACACGGUUUCGCGGGAUUGAGGAACCCGUUACCCUUGUUACCCGAGGUUGGUGGCCGAGGCGAUUGCCCAAUCAGUCCUUCGUCGUCUACAAGGUCUCCCAAGUCAAGUGUUUCGUCGAAAGUACCGUCGAUCUCGAAAUCCUCGCGCCGAAAGUCAUGGUUCAGCUAUGGACGGACGGACAAGCCCCGCAUUGACACCCGCGUGGCCGUGCAUGCGGCACUACUGGCGGCCAGCAAUGGGAGUCGUGAGAUUCCUGGUAACGAAUUUGUAAUCGCCUAUCGACGUUUCGAGGAAGAGUUGGCUCUGUCAACUGGUAAGCAAAGCGACAAGGACAAAGUCACCCUGGUUGAUGCCCGCAAAGUCCGUUGGAUUUUAGUGUACUGCACCUACCAAACUCUUCUCGACUGCACCCGACUUCCAAAGGACGUCAAGCCCGUCGAAACACCCUAUAGCCUCUGCAUCCCUACUGCUGACCUUCCAAUAUGGGAAGAAGAUCUUGUUCCGUCGCAUUCAAAUUUCUCCAACCGAAGGGACAGACCCCCAUUGAGCUGGGCCAACAAACCCCAUGCAGCCCCUGAGCAGCGGCCCAAGAGCGCGCACGCGACGCUUGAUACACCGACAAUGACGCUCGAGCCAGAUGUGAAUUAUUACGCUUUGACACACCCCGACGAAUCCGACAUCCGGGGGCGACAUGCGACUAUCCAAGUUCCCCCGAGGGGAAGCAGUCUGACACGCGGUCUGGGGAGCCUGACUGGGUCCUUGUCCAGAGCUUCAUCGAGGAAUAACAGUAUGAGGAAUAAUAGUAUCCGGCGAUCAAUCGUCGGCGCCUUUACCACAAGUCCCACCCCAGAGCCUCCCAUGAAGUCCUUGAUGCGGAGGAAACCAAGCAAGAGUAGCUACCAAGCAAUCGUCAUCCCCGGCUACGGCAACGGGAUCAACGAUGUUCAAAUCAGGAGCGCUUCGAAUAGUAGUGAUGCCGCUAAAGAUGAAGCCUAUGGACAUGCAAAUUCGAGUAUACCACCAGUUCCUCCCCUCCCGAUUGACAUGAGCCAUCAUCAGAGCAACGCGGUGCCGAGUCACAGGAGAUCACGGGAUUUACUCAACGACAGACUCGACAAGCGAGGAUCUCGAUAUAUACCAUUUGGGGAUAUGCCGAAUAUUCUAACUGCACACAUCCCACCGCCCGCUGCCAAAGAACAGACGGCACAGCGUACCGCCUCUACGUCCUCUAACUCCAGCGCUGGCACCGCCCGGUCUCAGGGCGACUUUAGCACCGCACCCACGACGCCCCUAACCGACGAGAAAGCCGAACUCGACCCAAUCAGGCAUAGAUUCUCGCUCCGCAGCCCGAUAUCGCUUCCCCAAAUCACCGUCACGGACCCAAUCCGUCGCCGAACCAUCGCCACCCCACCGCUCCCGCACCGCAACCCGGCCAGACCUUUCUCCAUCGUCGGGACACUGGGCCCCAUCAGCGGGCCGAUGGUGCAGGAGAUACUGGGUGUCGAGCGCGAGUUCCUGGCCGCCCCUCCGUCGCCCAACAGCCGGGCGCCGUCCCCGUUGCGAAUCAGCAAGGCACCAAACGUCGUGCCUGGCAGCAAUACCCCGCGUUGCACCCAUCAGAAACCCCUCGGUAGCCACCCGGCAGGACUUUGGUCCAACAGUCCGCCGAUCCUCUGCACCGAAUGCUUCUCUGACAGCGCGAGCGAGUGCGAAACCGUGAGCGAGUACCUGGACGCACAGACUCACUGGGACGGGCUUGGAAUACAGAACGGCGUCAUGGAUAACGACUUUAAUGAGGCUUGGGAUCAGUUUGGGGGGCUGGGAGGACUGCGGCCGUUGAGUGUUGUGGUUGGUGGUGGCAAGGGCGGGUACGGGUCGCGAUGA